GGAAACCGGGUGAUACGCAGUAGUUACCGUACCGUACCGGCGACUUGUCCAAACCCAGCGAAUCGUCAAAUCUUCAAAUCUACAAUUUUUUUUUUUUUUCCCUCUCUUUCUUUUUCUCUCUUUCUUUCCCUUUUUUCCUCUCUAUCUUUAUUAUAGAGGCUGUAUAUUAUUAUAGACAAAAGCAGAUCGUUUUUUCCCUGCGCAAUUGAGCCAAUCCCUUUCUUUUUAGAUUUUCAUAUUUGCUUUCUUUUCCCCUCCAACUUUUCCAAGAUUUCUCCGCCAGUUUCAAACUUUGCUGCUUGCUGGCUGUUCCUGUCCCGACAUUUCCCUGCCGCAAGCACAAACGGCCGCAACCCGUCCGCCCCCCGCCGCUAAGACCAGCGACAUCAUCAUCCAUCAUCAUGGUGCUAAUACCCUCCAACGCCGCCACUUCCACCGCCUCUGCCGCUGUGCGGUCUUUGUCAACUCUCUCCCACGUAUCUCGAUCGGCACAAUCAUCUAUAUUAUUUUCUUCUGUUGCGAGAUCAUCUCCUCUGUCCACUCUUAUUGCAUCGCGGUCCAAUGCGCGUAGAUCGAUAAGCGGCUUAUCUUCUUUACCAGCGCGGAUUCACACGCGAACACACUAUCUGAAUCGUGCGGUUGUUUAUAAGAACAUUUCUGAGACUUUGGGAAAGAGAGGGUUUGCUACUACGGGCGCUCUGAUGGCUUCGAGAACUGAAACCGAUGCCUUUGGCGAAAUCCAGGUCCCCGCGGAUAAAUACUGGGGAGCCCAAACUCAACGGUCUCUGACCAAUUUCGAUAUCAACCAACCGCGAGACCGUAUGCCACCUCCCAUCGUACGGGCUUUCGGAAUCCUUAAGGGUGCUGCUGCGACUGUGAAUAUGAGAUAUGGACUUGAUCCUACUAUUGGCAAGGCGAUCCAACAGGCUGCUGCAGAAGUUGCAUCGCUUAAGCUUAUCGAUCAUUUCCCUCUUGUUGUUUGGCAAACCGGCUCUGGAACCCAGUCCAAUAUGAAUUCCAAUGAGGUCAUUUCGAACCGCGCCAUCGAGAUCUUGGGCGGCACCAUGGGCACCAAGAAACCCGUCCACCCCAACGACCAUGUCAACAUGUCCGCCUCAUCCAACGACACCUUCCCCACCGUUAUGCAUAUUGCUGCUGUUCUGGAACUCGAGGGAACUCUGCUUCCAUCCCUCACCAGCCUGCGCAACGCCCUCCAACAAAAAGUCGAGCAGUUCGACAAGAUCAUCAAAAUCGGACGAACCCACCUGCAGGACGCCACCCCUCUCACGCUGGGUCAGGAGUUUUCCGGCUACGUCGGCCAGCUUGACCGGGGAAUUGAGCGCGUUCAAAAUUCCAUCCCACACCUUCGAUAUCUCGCACAGGGAGGCACUGCGGUUGGCACCGGCCUGAACACCUUCAAGGGUUUCGACGAGGCCAUCGCAGAGGAAGUUACCAAGAUGACCGGCACGGAAUUCAAGACAGCCCCUAACAAAUUCGAAGUGCUCGCCGCCCACGACGCUAUCGUCGAGGCCUCAGGUGCCCUCAACACCCUCGCCUGCUCCCUCUUCAAGAUCGCGCAGGACAUCCGCUUCCUAGGCUCAGGCCCCCGCUGCGGCCUGGGUGAACUCAUGCUGCCGGAAAACGAACCCGGCUCCUCGAUCAUGCCUGGCAAGGUCAACCCGACCCAGUGCGAGGCGUUGACGAUGAUCUGCGCACAGGUGAUGGGUAACCAUGUAGCGGCGACGGUGGGGGGCAUGAGCGGCCAGUUCGAGCUCAAUGUUUUCAAGCCCGUCAUGAUCAACAAUCUGCUGCAUAGCAUCCGCAUCCUGGGUGACGGAAUGCGCUCCUUUGAGAAGAACUUGGUUGUGGGGAUUGAGGCGGAUGAGAAGCGGAUUUCAGCCCUGUUGCAUGAAAGUCUGAUGCUUGUCACCUGCCUGAACCCGGUGAUCGGAUACGACAUGGCUUCCGCAGUUGCCAAGAAUGCACACAAGAAGGGAUUGACACUGAAGCAGAGCGCUAUGGAGCUGAAAGCUCUCACUGAGGAGGAAUUUGAUACCCAUGUCCGCCCUGAGCUGAUGAUUAGCCCCAAGGAGAGAAAGUAGGUGCUCAUAAAACUUUCUGUUCAUGGCAAGGUUAGUUCGUAGUUGCCUGAAGUCAGGAUAUGAUGUAGAAGUAUAUAUAGUAGGGCAGAUUGAGCAGGCAGAGCCAGUCAACAAGCAGAAUAGUGAAAGUGUGAGCAUGUAGCGAUGAUGGAAACUGUGAAUAUUAGGGGGAAUGAAAGAAUAAUAAACCAGCACGUUACCAGCUCCAGUAUCCGGCUUUAGGCGUAUACCCAACAGGAUGGCAAGAGGUAAUAGCCAGUUUUAACUCGACAUAUUUUAUAGCCCCCGAUUUCUUCGAGUCGGAUCAAGCGAUGCAAAACUGUCACUUCCUGUUUGUCAAAGUAACUAAUCAGGGCGUAUUGAUGUCGCACCCUGCUGCAUUUUGGCUUCAUCCAAGUUGCUAGUGAAUGAGAAUGCUUUACAGAAUCCUUCUCCAUAAUCAUAAACCAUGCGAGCUAUGAUGUUAUAUGUUUUUAUUUUAUCUAUAGUUUAAUGGCAAGACUGUAAAAGUAUUGAAUAAAAUAAUAUCCAGACCUUUUCUCUGGUUGUGACGGGCUCAUAACCGCUAUUCUGUUACAUGCCACCACCUCCUUGCCACUACCUAUUACAUAUAUUUUCAUCAUUAUCAUUUGCAUUCCGUUAUUUUCAAAAUCUGGCUAGAAUCGAACAAGUUUCCCAACAAUCUCAAGGUACUUCAGUUCCUCUCGCUUCCAAUCCCACCCAUGGACAUAAGAUAGCGCCUGCUCAACCCGUUGUUGAAAGUGUUCCUCUGGCUCAUGCUCCUCAUCUUCACCUUCUGGUAGUCUGGGGAAGAUAACUUGGUCAAGAAAAACAACCAAAUCAUGUUCAAUUGGAUUUCGAUGCAUCCCAGUUGGUAGAGCCACAAGCCUGCUGAUUAAAGAAAUAAGACAUGGCCGUAUCUUUGGAAUUAGGGUUUUGUAUCUCAAGUUGACAGAUGAAAUGACCUCUUGAAACUCAUCUAAGGCAAGAUGUAGAAAUGAGAGAGGUACCAGAUGUGCUCUGGUUGAGCCACAUAGAAACAUCAAUCCCCCAAUCGAGUAUGUCACUUUAAGAUUCCGCCAGGUUCAAAGCCGUGAGUAAUGAGGAGAUCGCACACUUCAGAUAGAUUAGAGUCCGGCACACCCCAUGCAAACAUCUAUUCAGUACCACGGGAUACCCGAAUCACCGGUUUAAGGUCCCCUCAUACUCAACAACUUGAAUGUUUUUCUGAACAAGUUUCUCAGUCACUGCAGACAAGCAGGCAGCUAGGUGAGCUGCUUGUAUCGCCACGCAGCUUGGCGAUCGUAAAUUGAGAGGCAUUAUGUAUAAUACAUCAGAUUUGAUAUUAACGAAAGAAACUUUGAUGUUGACUGAGUCUAUAAAUUGUUGGAAUGUUGGAAUGGGAUAGCUCAUGCAGAUAAAGGAGUGCGGCCCAAGAUUACUAAUUGCUUACUAGUGUAUGGCACACCGCCCUGAGGGGUUCU